AUGGCUCCACAAAUGCGUGUAACCAUUGCCGGCGGUGGUAUUGGUGGCCUCACGUUGGCCAUCAUGCUGGACGCUGCCAACAUAGACUACAUCAUCCUCGAACGCUCAUCGUCCCUCAAAACACUCGGCAGCACCAUUGCACUCAACGCCUGUACCCUUCGACUCUUAGAACAACUCGGCCUCUGGAACGACAUUCAAAAGAUCGCCAAACCCAUCGCUGGCUUCAACAUCCAACACGACGACCUCUCCCCCAUUGGCAAGAUUGAUUUCUCGUUUGGCGAGGAACACUACGGCUACUACGCCUAUGUUAUGGCUCGCCCUGCCCUCUUUGAGCUCCUCAAGUCUCGCGUUCCCGCUAACAAGAUCAAGCUCCGUAAACAAGUCGUCGACCUUGUCGAGGAUGACACGGGUGUCACCUGUAUCUGCGAGGAUGGUUCCCAUUACAAGAGCGAUAUCCUUGUGGGAGCUGAUGGUGCGUACAGUGGUGUGCGCGAAAGCAUAUACCGUCGCCUGAAACAGCAGAACAGACUCCCCGCAAACGAUCAAGAGCCCAUGAAGCUCACUCAUCUGAGCAUUCUCGGCGUGUCCGAAGCCCUUGACCCAGCCAUUGUUCCAGCCACGGAGGACAAGCACUCUUGGUUCCAACUCAUGCUCUUUCGCAACACUCGCUUUUCGAUCUGGCUGGCACCUAUCGACGGCAACAGAAUUUCGUGGUGCUACGGCGGUGAGAUUGAACCCAACCCAUGCACAAGCCUCACUACUGGCGUGAGUGAGUUCUGGGAGUGGGGGCCCAACAAAACCCACGCAAUGCUGGACGACAUACGCCAUCUUCCAACCAUAUUCGGCUGCACUGUCGGCGACAUUAUUGGCUCGACUCCCAAGGAGCUCAUCUCAUCCGUGGUACUUGAGGAAAAGUUCUUUGAGACCUGGCACACCAAGCGCGUCGUUCUCUUGGGCGACGCUUGUCAUAAGGUUCUCCCCUUUGCUGGUCAAGGCACGAUCCAAGCUAUGUUGGAUGGUCAAUGUCUCGUCGACCUUCUCCACAGCCUGAAUGAGAAUCCCACCACCGCAGAUUUCGAAAACGCGUUCAAGACCUACCAUCGCGAGCGAUCAGGCACAGCCCGGAAGGCCGUGAUCGGAUCCAGGCUCUUUGGCUACUUUAUCGACUCAAAAGGAGCUAUCGCCCAAUGGGUCCGCAAAAUCACUCUGGGCUGGAUGCCCCAGUGGUGCGUCAAGUCCAUAACCAAUUGGGUAAUGCGUCAUCGCCCGCAACUCUCCUUUCUCCCUGCCAUCGAAGAUCGCGGUCUCUACAAGGCUUGGUGGUAG